AGGGGACAGGGCCACCCGCCACCUCGCCUGGAUGUAGGAGGCCUGGCCGAGCGGCGAGGACCGAAGGUGACAUCCCCAUCCCUGCGGUGGGCGAGGACGGGAGCCCCCCCGCGCCCCCCCGGCCUUUGGGGGCACCAUGAAGGACCGGCUGGAGCAGCUCAAGGCGAAGCAGGAUGCAGAUGACGAGGAGGAACUGGAGAUCGCUGUGGACAACACGGCAUUCAUGGACGAGUUCUUCUCAGAGAUUGAGGAGACCCGGCAGAACAUUGACAAGAUCUCAGAGAACGUGGAGGAAGCCAAGAAGCUCUACAGCAUAAUCCUCUCAGCCCCCAUCCCAGAGCAGAAGACCAAAGAUGACCUGGAGCAGCUGACGGCAGAGAUCAAGAAAAUGGCCAACAGCGUCCGUAACAAGCUGAAGAGUAUGGAGAGGAACAUCGAGCAGGACGAGGCACGGUCCUCCGCUGACCUCCGGAUACGCAAAUCCCAGCACUCGGUCCUGUCCCGCAAGUUCGUGGACGUCAUGACCAAGUACAACGAGGCGCAGGUGGAUUUCCGGGAGCGCAGCAAGGGCCGGAUCCAGCGCCAGCUGGAAAUCACCGGCAAGAACACGACAGAUGAAGAGCUGGAGGAGAUGCUGGAGAGUGGGAACCCCUCCAUCUUCACCUCGGGGAUCAUGGACUCGCAGAUCUCGAAGCAGGCGCUGAGCGAGAUCGAGGGGCGGCACAAGGACAUCGUGCGCCUGGAGAGCAGCAUCAAGGAGCUCCACGACAUGUUCGUGGACAUCGCCAUGCUGGUGGAGAAUCAGGGAGCCAUGAUUGACCGCAUAGAGAACAACAUGGACCAGUCCGUCGGAUUCGUGGAACGGGCCGUGGCCGACACCAAAAAGGCUGUGAAGUACCAAAGUGAGGCCAGGAGGAAGAAGAUCUUGAUCAUGGUGUGCUGCAUCAUCCUCGUCAUCAUCCUGGCAUCCAGCAUCGCGAGCAUCUUUGCCUGAGCCCCCCACCCGCUGCCCUCCAGGUGACAGGGACAGGGCUGGGGGUGGCGCAGGGGGUCCCUGGUAACCCCCCCAGUCACAGGGAGAGGGUUUGGAUUCACCCUGCGUGUCGCCAGGCUGCCACGCUGGGGAGGGAUGGGGAUGGUGACAGCACUGGGAGCCACGUCCCCUUCCUGAAUGUCACCUCAUCUUCCUCCCUGUCACAGGUGGCCUUUCCCCCUCCUGUCCCCCUGCCCGGAUGAUCCACUGGAGAGACCCCGGCCAAGCCCUGCUUCCCGGAGCCCCGAGGACAUCCCAUGUGUCCCUGGAGGAGUGGAGCCCGCCCGCAGCACUCCCUGCUCCCCUCCCAGCGCCAAGCUCCUCCCGCUCCUGCUCCACUCGGGUGACGGUCGGUGGCCGCUGUGACCAGCAGCCCCUCCUCGGUGCACGGAGCGGCCGGAGGGGCCGUGUCCCUCUCCGGGGGGGGACACAGGGCUCUGCCUUGCCGGGGCGGCCGGAGGAGCCUCUUCCUGUGCUUGGAGCUCCUUGGAUGUGCAGCCACCCAUGCUGGAGCCUUCCUCCUCAAUAAAGAGCUCACCCACACUCUGCCUCCUGGCUCCAGCCUGACCCACGGAUCUCUCAGGAUGCUCCCAGCUCUGAAAUCCACUUCAGCACUUCAGGAAGCCUCGUGCUUCCAACCCCGAUCCGUUUAUCCCCCAGCUCC